UCACAAAGUGAAGGUAGCUUGAGAGAAAUAACUGUUGUUAUUGAGAAUGGGGAAAGGAAGAGCACCAUGCUGCGACAAGAACAAAGUGAAGAGAGGGCCAUGGAGCCCUCAAGAAGAUCUCACUCUCAUCACCUUUAUCCAAAAACAUGGCCACCAGAAUUGGAGAUCUCUUCCCAAGCUUGCUGGAUUGAUGAGAUGUGGGAAGAGUUGCCGACUGAGAUGGAUAAACUAUUUGAGACCGGACGUGAAGCGAGGCAACUUUAGCAAAGAGGAGGAAGAUGCUAUCAUUCACUAUCACCAAACCCUUGGAAACAAGUGGUCAAAGAUAGCUUCCUUCUUGCCCGGAAGAACCGACAACGAGAUCAAGAACAUUUGGAACACUCAUCUCAAGAAACGACUCAGUAGUACUCCAUCUUCUUCUUCUUCAUCCAUCUCUAGCACUCAUGUCCAAAGCACAAAAGCAGAAGAUCAUCAAGACAAGAACUGUGAAGGAGCUCACGAAGAAGCGCAUUCGGAGUUAAAGGACAACCAUGACUCAGCUACUUGGUCACAUCCGCAAGACCAGUGUAUGCACACAAAACCAGAGAUCCAUGAGGCUAAUGAACUCGACGAGAUCCAAUUCUUGCUCGACCAUGAUGACUUUGAUGAUAAAACUUCUGAGUUUCUUCAGAACAACGAUAUGUUAUCUCCUCUAGAGUCUCUUCUUCAUAAUAACGACCAAACUCACAUCUCAACCACGGGCGGAGUGACUCAGGAGGUAACCAAAUCACAAUCAUUUGAUCAAUAUUCUCAACAGGAUAUACCAUGCGGAUUUGAAGACGCAAACAGAGAAUCCGAUUUGUGGAGACAGAUGGCUGAAUCAACCUCACCUACAUUUUGUCCUAACAAUGAGUACGACGAGUGGUUUAACUUCAUGGACAACCACCAAACUUACUUUGAUGAUUUUAAUUUUUUCGGAGAAGUAUGUCUAUAAAUGCAUGACCAAUGAUGUGUUGUCUUUACCUUUCAUUGUUGAGUGUAUAUUAAUAUGUUACAUGGAUCAAAAUAUCAAUCUGAUUAUCCUAGCUAAAAUCUAUACAUGUUUUAUAGACAUGANAAAAAA